AUUUUCUCAAAUUUUAAAAUCCCUGUUUUUGAAGGAAAUUUGUCGGACAUUGUGUUAGUUUUAAACAACGGAGUGGGUCAUCUUUUAAUAGAGGAUCUUUGUACAAUAGAGGAUCUUUGUGUGAUAAAUCACGGAUUAAACACAGUGAUUGUUUUUAAGUUUUUCGUUGUCUGUGAAGUACAAUAACACUACAAUCCAUCAAAGAUACAAAACUAUUAUAUCUGUCUGCUUUUUAUUAACGCUGAGUGAGUUUUAAAGGGGUUUUAAUAUUGACCAAAAACAAAGUUUCUUGACUCUGAUUGGUUUACUGUUUCAAGCCACGCCCUCUUUUGUACACGACUCUCCCACACCCGGAGCCGCCGGUUCACUUACCGGGUUGAUGUAGUAGAUCAAAAGUGUAACUCGGCGGUUCUCUCUCUCUUUUUCCGGUCAGCUAAACCGUAAACACGCUCCGGACAUGUUGAACUUACUUCGCGGGGACGGGUCCGAGGGUUGAACGUUGAAGUUGGCAUGGAAACCCGGGAGGACUGGACCGCGGACAUCCAGCGGGACGCUGGAAACGCGGAACGGACGGAGCCGCUUUCGUUUAAAGUUUACAGGAGGAGGUGGUUCGUGCUGCUGGUUCUGUGUUUGUUAAACUGCUCCAACGCUACG